CCAGCGGACGCCGGCUGAUGACGCCAUCAGGCUGCGUCGCGGGAAGGUCACACGGGAAUCUUUCAACAUGGCGGCGGCGGCGCUGCGGGGAGGCUGGUGCCGCUGCCCGCGGAGAUGUCUCAGCAGUGGAAUCCCGUUUCUUCCCCGCCAGCACCUAGUACCACUGCCCCACGGAACCUGCAGCGUCCGCCGACCCGGUAGAGAACUGCCCCUGGCCCAGCCCUACUCCUCCAGCAGCCGGAAGGGCUUUCUGUCCGGGUUAGUCGACAGUAUCAAGCAGGAACUGGCCAAGAACAGAGAGAUGAAAGAAAACAUCAAGAAGUUUCGAGAAGAGGCCCGGAGGCUGGAGGAGUCAGAAGCUCUCCAGGAAGCUCGGAGAAAAUAUAAAACCAUUGAGUCGGAGACUGUGCGGACCAGCGAGGUGAUCAAGAAAAAGCUGGGGGAAUUCUCCGGGACAGUCAAGGAGAGUCUCCAGGAAGUCAGUCAGAGCGACCUGGGCCGGAAGAUCAAGGAGGGUGUCGAGGAGGCCACGAAAACAGCCAAGCAGUCGGCAGAGUCGGUGUCCAAGGGUGGUGAGAGGCUGGGCCGUACGGCUGCCUUCAGAGCCCUUUCCCAGGGUGUGGAGUCGGUGAGGAAGGAGAUCGAUGACACCGUGAUUGGCCAGACGGGGCCCUACCGGCGGCCCCAGCGGCUCCGGAAGCGGAAGGAGUUCGCGGGCGAGAAGCUCAAAGAGGAGAAGGUGUUUGAGCCCAAUGAAGAGGCGCUGGGCAUGGUUCUGCACAAGGACUCCAAGUGGUACCAACAGUGGAGGGACUUCAAGGACAACAAUGCUGUGUUCAACCGAUUCUUCGAGAUGAAGAUGAAAUAUGACGAAAGUGACAAUGCCUUCAUCCGAGCCUCCCGGGCACUGACGGACAGAGUCACGGAUAUGCUGGGGGGCCUGUUCUCCAAAACCGAGAUGUCCGAGGUGCUGACCGAGAUCCUUCGGGUGGACCCCGCCUUCGACAAGGACCGCUUCCUGCGCCAGUGUGAGAACGACAUCAUUCCCAACAUCCUGGAGGCCAUGAUCUGCGGGGAGCUGGACAUCCUCAGAGACUGGUGCUAUGAAGCCACCUACAGCCAGCUGGCGCACCCCAUCCAGCAGGCCAAGGCGCUCGGCCUCCAGUUCCACUCCCACAUCCUGGACAUCGACAAUAUCGACCUGGCCAUGGGCAAGAUGAUGGAACAGGGGCCUGUCCUCAUCGUCACCUUCCAGGCCCAGCUGGUGAUGGUGAUCAAGAACCCCAAAGGCGAGGUGGUGGAGGGCGACCCGGACAAGGUGCUCCGGAUGCUGUACGUGUGGGCGCUGUGCCGAGACCAAGACGAGCUGAACCCCUACGCCGCCUGGCGUCUCCUGGACGUGUCGGCCUCCAGCACGGAGCAGGUGCUCUGAGCCCGACACCACCGCCAGGGGGGACUCCAGGCUGGACUCCAGGCUGGCCUGAGCCACACCCACACCGGACCCCCACCGGGACAUGGGUCUGGGGGGGCCUGGGGGCGAGGACCCAGGAACGAGGGGGUGUCAGGACCUCCGCCCCGGACAGUGCCAAGAGCGCCUUCCACCCACCCCCAACCUCCCCAGUGGUGAGAGGGGCUCCCAGUCGGGUCAGGGAGCCUCAACACCCCCUCGCAGCUUGGCAACCCAGGCUGGCCCGUUUU